AGCAACAGCCCUCUUCUUUUAAGAUUGGCCUUCUCUUUUUUCUCUGAGAAAAAACCAAGAUUGGCCACAAUAGCUGCAAAAAUGGUGUUGGAUAAGAGACUCUUAUCUCUCUAGUUUUUGAUAUCGAUUGCCGUCAAAGAGUUGGUUCUGAAGUUGAAAGACUCGAGUCUUUAUUAAAAUCGGCCUGCCUGCUGAACAAGGUUGGAGUGGGCCCAAGAAGAAAAUUGCGUGGGAAGCAAGAAGAGUGCCAGAGAGGAUGAGAAAGAGUCAUAAAAGACUGAAAAGACACGAUCUUUGAAUCCUAAAAUUACAGAAGAAGCUGUUCUCUAUUGUGAUUUGGGGUUUAGGUAUCAUGUCCCCCCAUGUAUUCUGAGGUUUCAUUAAUGAUCAAGGCUUAGGGCAGCCGUACUGGCCCUAUUUCAAAAAAAAAAAAUUACAGAAGAAGCUCAAUUUCGCACGCAAAGCAAAUCAAAGCCUUGGGUCACGAAAUUCAAAGGCCCAGCAUCACAAAGAUUCGAGCUUUCAGGUCGGAUUCAAUUCUUUCAAUCAGGUUCUGUUCUGGGUAUCCCGCUUUCUCUUUUCAAUUUCGCUCUUCUUUUUCUGUAUUUGUUUAGAGGGUGAAUUUGGUUGUAUAAUGGAUAAAAACGGCAACGCUAGUUGUGAUCGUGGGGAGGCUUUAAAGUAUGUGUUUGAUUUGGGUGCUGACGAUGACAUUAUAGAAGAUGAGGAAGAAGAAGAUGAUGAUGAUAGUGAUGAAGAAUCCGAAGAAGAGGAUGAGGAAGAAGAAGAUGACACCUUUAAUCCUCUGGAUUCUGUAGACGAUGGUACUUUUGCUGACCAAAUUUACCCAGAUUUUGUGGGGAAGGAGUAUGAGACUUUAGCUAAGAAAAAAAGAAAACCACUUGGGGAUAGUCGCCCUAAAGGUUCAGUUAAGAAGGCCAGAAAAGAUGAGGGUUCUAAAGAAAGCUUAGAGGAGGAAUUAAUGGAGUUCAUGAUGGGCAGGCCGCGAAGGAGAUCAAGGAAGCUUAAGAAAAGAGGUAGAAGAAAAGGAUCAAAGAACCAAUGCAGCCCUGAAAUUAGCAGCCUUCUUAGUAAGGCUCGAAAUUGCUAUGCACUUGGGGAUUACAAAGAGGCCAUACCCGUCUUGAAAGAAGUGAUUAAGCAAGCACCGCAUUUGCCCGAUUCCUAUCAGACACUUGGAGAUGUCCAUAGUGCUCUUGGCGAUAAAAAUAGAGCCUUAAAUUGCUACCAUGUUGCUGGACAUUUAGCACCGAAAAAUCCUUCUUUGUGGACAUUAAUUUUUACAAAGUUCAUGGAAGUAGGGAACAUUUCUGAAGCUUCGACUAGCCUUUCGAGAGCAAUAUCAGCUGAUCCUGAAGCCGAAAAUGUUGUCGCUCUGAAGUUGGAUCGUGCUUCACUCCAUGUUCAGCUUAAGGAUUAUGAAAAAGCUGCUGCAUUGUAUGAAGAAAUAAUCCAAACCUGUCCUGGUAAUGUUAAAGCACUGAAGACAGGAGCAGAGAUGUAUGAAAAAUGCGGUCAGCGUGAGCGCUCUAUCCAUGUGCUGGAGGAGUAUCUCAGAGCACAUCCAACUGAAGCUGAUUUGAGUGUCAUUGAUUUGUUAGUUUCUCUACUUAUGGAAAACAAUUUACAUAAUGAAGCUCUUCAGCAUAUUGAGCAUGCACAACUGACACUCCAUUCAGGAAAAGAGCUGCCUCUUGAUAUGAAAGUUAAAGCAGGAAUUUGCCAAGCUAACCUCGGAAACAUGCGCAAGGCAGCAAGUCUGUUCACUGAAUUUGCAGAGAGUAACACUGAAUUUAAUAAAGGCUUUUUACAUUUGAAAAUUGCUAGAUGUUAUUUGUCCUUGAAGUAUAGAGUACAAGCAAUUUUCUACUUCUACCAAGCUUUAAAGACACUUGAAGAGCAUAUUGAGGCUCGAUUGACAUUGGCUUCUGUUCUCCUUGAAGAAUCUAGAGAUGAUGAAGCUAUAUCUCUGCUGUCUCCUCCAAGAAAUCGAGACUGUGUUCACCUCCCAACUGAUAAAGCAACACCAUGGUGGUGUGAUGGAAAAGUGAAGCUGAAGCUUUGCAACAUUUUCAGAGCUAAAGGGAUGCACAAGGAACUUGUGGACGCAAUCUAUGAUUUGGUGCACGAAUCAUUACAGAUUAUAUCACUUGGGAGAACAGUGAAAAGGAAGCUCUUGAAAAAGGAAUUGUUAGAAAGAGUCAAAGCCUUGGAUGAUCAGCAAACAUGUAACGUUUUUUCGGGAAAUAGAUCACGAGCACUUCCUUUACCAGAUCAUCGGAAAGUUAACAGAGAAAAGAAGCGUCUUGAGGAAAAGGCAAAACUAAAGGAGGAAAAGAGAACUGAGGCAAUGGCUGCUGGACAUGACGGUCAAAGUGAUGAUUAUUCAGAUUCAGAUGAUGAUCCUGAAAUUGAUCCACAAGAAAUACAGAAAGAGCCUCCCCUGCCGGAUCUAGUCAAGGAAAAAGAGAAUCAUGACCUCAUAUUAGAUUUGUGUAAGUCACUCGCUUCCUUGAAUAGACAUUCUGAAGCGUUGAAGAUUCUUAAGCUUGCUUUGAAAUCAAGUAAAGGCAUGGCAGCUUUCCGUGGGAAACUUCGGACUCUUGGAGCUCAAAUAGCAUACACCGAUCCGGAUCCUGAGCAGGGGUUGAACUAUGUAAAAUACAUUGCAGACCAGCAUCCAUACAGCAAUGCUGUCUGGAAUUGCUAUUACAAAGUAAUCUCCAGAUUUAAGGAGGAUUGGUAUCGUGACAAGCAUUAUAAAUUUGUGCGCCACAGGCGCCAUAGGCGCAACAAAUUAAAAGACUGCGCACCACCCAGUAUCAUAAGUGGCCAUCAUUAUACAAGAAAAAGUCGCCAUCAGGAUGCCGCAAGAGAAUACCUUGAAGCUUAUAAGUUAUUGCCAGAGAAUCCCCUGGUUAAUCUGUGUGCUGGUACUGCCUUAAUCAACUUGGCCCAUGGACAUAGACUUCAGAAUAAGCACCACUGUAUUGCUCAGGGCUUUGCAUUCCUCUACAACAAUUUGCGGGUUUGCAAAAGCAGCCAGGAGGCUUUGUACAACAUAGCCAGGGCAUUCCAUCAAGUUGGCCUUGUGACUCUGGCAGCUUCCUACUACGAAAAAGUUCUUGACAUUCAUGUGAAGGACUACCCCAUACCAAAACUUCCCCAUGAAAAUCCAGACUACAAUCAAAAUCGAUUACCAGGUUACUGUGAUCUUCGCAGAGAAGCAGCUUUUAAUCUACAUCUUAUCUACAAACAGUGUGGAUCAUUUGAUCUUGCUCGACAGGUCUUGAGAGAUCACUGCACCUUUUGAGUUUGCAACCGACUUGUUACUGUUUUGUAUCCCUUCUCUGUUUGUUAAUCAGGGAAGUGGUAAGUCAAAGACACUUACCAUUCAGGCACAAUCCUUUAUUAUUUUGGCAGACACAGCAGCUGCUGCAAUAUAGUAACACUAUAAUCUCACAGCAAGAUGAUCACCACAGUAGCCUCAGCAAUGAGGAUGCACAUAGGCAAAUCCUUACCCAAAGGAACUAUCUGGAAUUCUUCCCCACAAGAGGAGGCUACUCGUGCACUUGUAUCAGACUAUCAGUAGUACAAGAAACCAGUUCUUUGUUGCUAUAUGUCAGCUACCACACACUUCAAUUGUACAUCAGACAACUCCUUCAGAUAGCACAUGUGAUCUAUUGUCUAGUAGUAGCUAGGUCUUCAUCAAAUGUUGUAAAAAUAGCAUCCUACUGUACAUGAACAUAUCAAGCAAAUAUACAAGAGUUAUUAGUUAUUACCUUUA